AUGAAAAAUAUAUUUAAAUCAAAUGAAGUUAUUUUUAACUGGUUUAGCUAUAUAAGUUUAAUAAAGUCAGCCACAAAAUUAAACCAUUCUUUAGUUUCUCAAUCCACUUGUAAAAAUGUAAAAUACAGAGGGGAUUGUUAGACUAAUUAUUGUACUUUGGAUCUUGAAUCAUCAUCAUACUCAAAUAAGCCUUUUACAUAAUUUAAUAAAGAUGAUUGUGAUGGUGUUUUAGAUAAUUUUUAUUGUGUUUGGAAUUAUGAAACUAUUGCUUAUGACAACUUUACGUAAUAUUCUGAUUCUAGUUUUAAAAUAAGGGUGUAAUAUAAUGUUAUGGAAAGUGUGAAUAUUAAUUCGAUGUUAACACAAUAGAUUAAAAAGCAGGAAUGCUCUAUUGUAUAGAUAAAACAUCAAAAGCAGCUUUGA